UGCCUUUGCAGAAAAACUGAAGAGUCGAGAAAAAAAGAUUGACAUUUUAAUACACAACGCAGGUAUCGGAUUUUGCGAUGAUAGCAUGACAGUGGAUGGCCUAAAUUUGACUAUGCAAGUAAAUUAUUAUAGUCCAUUUCUGCUCACACAUUUAUUAAUAGACUUAAUGAAAAACUCUUCUUCAGCCCGUUUAAUUUUUUGCAGUUCGCCUAUAGUUUCCGUUUUUGCCAAUUUAUUUUGUUUCGGAAAAACUGUUAACAAAAUUUUUGGUGACUAUAGAAUAUCAAAAUUCUGUGUGUUGGUGAUUGCUGAUAUGUUUGCUGAAAAACUAAAGUGUUACAGAAUAACUUCAAAUUCGUUUCAUCCUGGAGGAGUGAACACUCAAAUACACAAACAGUUUUGCAGACACAGAGUUUUGAAAUAUUUACAUGAUAUUUUGGGUCCUUGGGUCUUUAAGACGCCAGAAGAUGGCGCCCAAACCGCCAUUUAUUUAGCGUGUGCCAACGAAGUUCAAAACGUUAGUGGAAGAUUUUUCGCAGAUCUGGUGUCAAUUUGUAAACCAAAGCAACUCGAAAACCAAAGACUGUGCGAAACUAUUUGGGAAAAAUCGGAAAAAGUGGUGAAAUUAAAAAAAGAUGAAUUAAUAUAAAAGUUCUGCAA